AAGACAUCUGAUCCCUCAUCCUUCAGCCCAGCACUUGAUUAACCUCAACUGUUGAGCCUGCAUUGUCUCAACGUUGAGCUUCCAAUCUAUGAAAAUCUUCUUUGUCUCUCCUGUUGUCUCGGUCACCACUCCGUGAACUGGUGCCAUCUUCAUAACUUCCAGGUUUGCUAGGAUGAACAUUCUUUUGAUUAGCCUGCUUCCAUUGGCUUAUACCCAUAUGAGAGCCGCACGAGGAGACGAAAUGGCACCAUGUAAAGCCUCGCUGCAACACCUCCAGUAUAUCAAUCAAAUGGAGGACGAAUCGAUUGUCAGAUAGCCACCUUGGCCGGUAACCCAACGGGCAACUUGAUUGAUCACAACCUACCUAGUGUCCUUUGUGAGCACUGAUUGUCAAUACACCUUGCCUAGUUCUGCUGACGUGUAUGGUGUGCGGAUCAUAGCAUCCUUCUCUAAGGCUGUCAGCCAAACCCCAGCAGAUGAGAUGGUGAUACCUUGCCAUCCUAUAGCUGAUAGCCUCUUCCUUGGCCUGCUGAUAGGCUUCGGACUAUGAUGUAUAAGUUACAAGGGCUGCCCAUGUGGGAGCGUUGUUCUUUCCAACUCCAGGCUUCUUAUACUUGUCUUUGGCUCAGGGUUAACUACUUGCUAUCACGGCUUCAGCCACUUGAUACCCAAGGCCUUGGUCAUUUUACUCUACCUACUAUUUGCUUAGUGGUCAUCCUUCUUACAAACGCCGCUAUACCACCAUGGCCACUCCUGCCAAGAAGAAAGACUUCAACAAGACCCCCCAAGAACUCGUCACCGAAUUCUGGGACCAGUUCUUCGUCAAGAAACCCGGAAAAGUUACUCGGAUCUUUCCACGCAGCCUCUAUGAGACUCUCCUGCCACCCUCCCAGCCACAAGGUGUCAGCUCCUCCCGCAAUGCCACGGAUAGCUACCAGGCCGCCGUCAAGGAAUGCAAGGAGAAGGUGAAGCGCAUUGUCAAGGAAUGCGAGCGCACCAACGAGAAGUUCACUGAUCCGGAUUUCGACAUUGAGGGUGACUUUGAAGUCCGGAACUGUCUCCACGGACUCACCCAUGACGCUGACUUGAAUGAGUUCUUCGGCGAGCUCCAAGAGCUGUACGACCUAGGAGCCGGCAAAGGCGCCAAGAAGGGCAUCAAGUCUCGCGGAGCUCCUCGCAGUGCCGAUGACGCUCCCGAAGCGCCGGCGCCCGAAGGAUCAAAAGGCCGACGUGAGGGUGUUAAGGCUGGCUGGCGUGAAACUUUCACCCCGGGCUCCGUCCAUCGCCUCGACUGGAUCUUUGAAUCGCCCCAGUGGACUAAGGACGGUUACUCCUCAUCCGAUAUCAAGCAGGGCUGUGACGGGGACUGCUGGUGGCUGGCUGCUGUGGCCACCAUUGCUCACCGCAAGGAUCUCAUGGAAAAAGUCUGCGUUGCCCGUGACGAGGAAAUCGGCGUUUACGGCUUUGUCUUCUUCAAGGACGGCGAGUGGAUUAGCACUGUGGUGGACGACAACCUCUACCUGACGGAAGAGGACUACAGGCACUACUACGACGAGUACGACCCGACGGGGAAGAAGGGACGUAAGCACCGGAAAGACAAACAAACGGGGUCUGGGGCCCUUUACUUUUCCCAAUGCUCGGAUCCGAACGAGACGUGGCUGCCCCUUUUGGAGAAGGCAUAUGCCAAGGUUCACGGGGACUACGAAGCCAUUUCCGGCGGUUGGCCUGGCGAGGGCGUCGAAGACAUGACGGGCGGUGUGUCUUCCAUGCUGCAGUCGAACAGAGUGCUGCGGAAGGACAAGCUGUGGAAGGAGUUGGUGAAUUCAAAUGGCGACUUUGUCUUCUCGUGCAGUGCCCACGGCUAUGCCUCUACGAGAGGCAGCAUGGCCAACGGCCAUGCGUAUUCCAUUCUGAAAGCCACAGAGGAGGUUGACGAGGAUGGUAAAAAGGUCAGAUUGGUCAAGAUUCGAAACCCAUGGGGUGAGCGGACGUCGGCGGGACAGGGCGAGUGGGAUGGGCCUUGGUCGGACGGAUCUAAGGAAUGGACGCCCUAUUGGCUCAAGAAACUCGACCACAAGUUCGGUGACGACGGCGAGUUCUGGAUGUCGUAUCAAGACAUGUUGGAUAACUUUUUGUACCUCUAUCGCACCCGUCUCUUCGACGACAAAUGGACGGUCGUUCAGCAGUGGACCACUGUCACAGUUGGCUGGAUUGCCGGGUACCUGAACAAGAAGUUUGUCAUCGAAAUCAAGAAGGGAGGAACGGUGGUGAUUGUGCUGAGCCAGCUCGAUGAGCGUUAUUUCCAAGGUCUGGAAGGACAAUACAUGUUCAUUCUCCACUUCGUUCUACAGGAUAAGGACGGAAAGGAGCAGCUCUGCCGCGUGCGUCCUACCCUUAACUGGAGUUCCCGAUCGGUCAGCUGCGAACUCGAUCUCGAGCCCGGGCGCUACGAAGUCUUGCCGAAGAUUACGGUCGAACGGGAUACCAGCCAGCGUAUGGUUGAGGAUGUUGUCACCCGAUGGGCCGAGGAAAACCCUGCCAAACUCCGUCAAAUCGGCAUGCAGUAUGAUCUCGCCCACGCCAAGGGCGGCGUCCCCGAUGAGGACGAGAUCAUCACCCAGAGAAAGGAAGAAAAGAAGAAGAAAGAGGAGAAGAAGAAGACCAAGGCCAAGGCUAAGCGUGAAAAGGAGCGCAGAGAAAAGAGGAAGCAGAAGCAGGUGCAGAUCACCAUCAACAUGCCUGAAGGGUCUACUGUGGACACUUCCGGUACCGGUACAGAGUCUGAUAAAAAGGAGGAGAAGAAGGAGACGGCCGAGGACAAGAAGGAGGAAGAGGAGAAGUUUGAGGAUGCUGUGGAGGAGAAGGCCAAAGAUGAUGAGAAGAAGAAGGAGGAACAACCCAAGAGGAAGGAAGAUACUGCUGCUGCAGAAGAGAAGAAGAUCGAGGAGAAGGUCACAGGGGAAGAGAAGAAACAGGAGGAAAAAGAAAAGAUAGAGGUAGUUGGGGAGUCGAAGCCGACGGCGGCUGCCACUGAAGAGGUUGAGGAAGACCUGUCUGAAGAUGAGGAAGAAGAAGAGGAGGAGCCCAAGAUCGAAUAUGAGGAGGGCAAGAUUCCCUGGAACGCCGUCUGCGUCGUUGGGCUGAGGGUGUAUGCUCAGGAUGCCGAUGUCACGGUAACGCUGGCGACCCCGAACACUGCGGAGGAGGGCGCUAGUCUUGUUAUGGAUCAGCACGCUGUUGGGGCUACCAUUUGA